AUGAAACUCUUUUUGGUGCUUCUGCUGGCAAGCGUUGCCUGGGCACAGCGUCCCCAGACGGUGCAAGUGAUCGAUAAGCUGCAAGAAGUGCACCCGCUGUACAGACAGAUCCAAGACUAUGUGAUCAAUACGAUCUCGGAAGCUCGUCUAUCGAGCUCGGCCAAGAUCUACGAUUUCCACCGGGACAUCAUCAUGAUCAAAAGCACCUUCCUCGGCACGUCGAUCCGCCAGGAGCAGGAACUGCUGCAUCAGAUCAACGGACAACCACUGUCGGUCGACCAGCAGUGUUUGAGCUUCGUGCGCCAAAAUGCUGAUGUAAACAUGAACCUGGCCGGUGUAUCCUACAGCACGUGUAUCACGAACGCGGGCGAUACGCUCGUAACCACCGUGAAGGCUUUCUACAAGGAGUUGGACGCAAACGAGGCGGAUUACGUUGGUGUUGGGCUGUUUGAGGAGUUCCGCAACGAGAACAUCUUCUUCAAUCCGCAAAGCAUCAUUUCCAAGCUCGAGUCCCGUAUGUUCCGACUGGAGGACUUCCCGACCCACAUCGGCAGCGAGCUGUUGGACGCGGUUGCCGGUUUUACUAACUCGCUGGACAUCAUUCGCAUGAACUAUGUCAGCUGCAUGACGGGUGGUGAACAGCUGCUGAUGUCCGCCUUGCAGUUGGCACAGAUGCAGUUGGAGGUGGUUUGUAAUGCCCAGCCGGUUCCUCCCCAAGCGCCGCCUGCACCUCCUGCCAAUCCGGAAAGCUACGAACCGAUCCCGGAACCGGAACCUGUACCAGAAUCGGAACCGGUGCCAGAAUCGGAACCAGUUCCAGAACCGGAACCAGUCCCGGAACACUAA